CCUCCUUCCCUCCCCUCGGCUGGAGCUGCAGCUGCUGCAGUCAUGGCUGCUGAUGGGAUUGAUGAACGUUCUCCCCUCAUCUCUCCACAUUCUGGCAAUGUCACCCCUAACGCACCUCCUUACAGCCAGGAGAGCAACCUGCGGGCUGAAUUACCACCUCCAUAUACAGCGAUCGUCAGCCCAGAUGCCAGUGGCGUUCCUGUAAUAAACUGCCGUGUGUGCCAGUCCCUUAUUAAUCUGGACGGGAAGCUUCAUCAGCAUGUUGUGAAGUGCACAGUCUGCAAUGAGGCUACGCCAAUCAAAACCCCUCCCUCAGGGAAGAAAUAUGUCAGGUGUCCCUGUAAUUGUCUCCUCAUCUGCAAGGAUACCUCACGGCGAAUAGGAUGCCCCCGACCUAACUGCAGACGUAUUAUUAAUCUGGGUCCAGUGAUGUUGAUCCCUGAAGAGGAGCCUGCCCAGCCCGCUCUACCAGUGCAGCCAGAGGGGACCAGAGUGGUGUGUGGUCACUGUGGAAAUACCUUUCUGUGGAUGGAGCUGAGGUUCAACACUUUGGCAAAAUGCCCACACUGCAAGAAAAUAUCUUCUGUAGGGAGUGCACUACCACGCAGACGCUGCUGCGCGUACAUAACAAUGGGAAUGAUAUGCAUUUUUAUAGGCGUUGGCCUAACUGUUGGCACACAAGAUUUCGCCAGACGGUUCCACGCAACAUAUGUCUCCUGGGCAGUCGCUUACCUCUUAGGCUUAGUCUGUCUUGUUCGGGCUUGCUACUGGGGAGCCAUUAAAGUUAGCUAUCCAGAACACACCUUUGCAUAGAAUUGUCUACAGUCCAACAUAUCAUGUUAUUUACAGCUAAAGAUUCUGGAAAUUCUCUUACUUUUAACCACUAAAUGGCUGGAUUUACCUCCAAACUGUACAAUGAAGGACUCUUCAGCCUUGAACCCAUGAAAGGGAAUGUCCACCCUAGUGUGUGGGGCUAUUUGUCAUGUCAUCUACCCCCAUACUAUUAGAAUAGGCACAGUACCCACUUGCACUUAUGCAUUUACUAAGCUACAGUCCACCACAGGUUAUAUUUCCAGGUUUGGGUGCCUGAAAAUUUCUCAAGGUGCGGAUGUGAGAUGGUGGCAUGAGUGCGUGGUUUCUGAGACAGUUGAGCUAGGGGGUGGACAUUCUAUCAAAACCUCAAUGUUGGAAUCCCUUUUGCUGUUGAAUUGCAGGCUGGUGUAUGCUGGCUGUUGAAGGUCUGAGCAUACCGAGACCUGUAUAUCAACCAGCCUGCGGGCAGCCUAGGCCAAUGUGAAGGCUUACUAUCCAUGUUCAUUAUGGGGAGGGAUGCUUUUUUUGACCGGAGGCAGUUGUACAUGAGCUGAAUACCAUUGCACUACAUAAUAUGCAACUUAGUUUUGUUUGCGCUGCUAGAUUUCGAAGCUCUGAGUAUCUCAGCUGUUUACAUGUUCCAGCAUCUGUCCAUUGUACUGUUUAAUGCUUCCAGCGUGCUAUGUUUUAACUAGUUGUUUUCUCUUUUUUUAUUCAUCUGUGCCAUGGGUAUUGUGCAGCUAUACCAGAAUAAUACCAUAUUUAUAAAUGUUUACACUGCGGCUUCAAGUCUCUAGUUCAGGCUCCAGAUUGGUCAUAUUGCAGCUGUGGCUGUGGCGGUCCAUGCACCAGCUUCCCCCUUACUUUUACAGACUGGCGCAGGGAUGGGUCCUGGAUAGCUCAGUGAUCAUGUGGUCUCUAUUAGCAGUGAACAUACUGUAGAUUAUCUGUAUAAAGUAUGAGUGUUCGAAUGAGGCCUUACUGUAUAGAAGUAGUGUGUUUUUAGUUUUUAAUGAAAAGUGCAUUAGGGUUUACUAAUUUCAGGACACGGCUGUUGUAACGGAGGGUGCAAAUUUGACUCAAGUGUGAAUUGUCAUUAACCCCUUACCAUCCCUUACUUAUACUCCUUCUAUUCUUUGCAUCAAGAAAUGCACCAGUUAUAGAAACUGCUGUGAGCUCCCCCUAGUGGUGGGUUCAGGCACCACUCAUUUUAAGGCAAUCUGUCAGUCCUGUAUGCAGAACUGUCAGCAAAACUGCUGACAGAUUCCCUUAAAGGAAUAAUUAGAAAAACAGAGCCAAUCUCUUCACAAAACGGCACCACACCUGUCCUCAAGUUGUUUUUGGUAUUGCAGCUCUGUUCUAUUGAAGCGAAUGGAGCCAGGUUGUAAUACCACACACAACCUAAGGACGGGCAUGGUUCUCCUUUUUGGAAAAAAUAUUUCUAUUGGACAAAAAGGCUAGAAAGUUGGAGAUUCACAGAACUAACACCGUAUAAAUAUAAAUAAUGCAGAUUUUACGUAGGUGGCUAUGAGGUCCCCUUAUACGCUGAUCGUUGGGGCAUUACCUGACUACAUAAAUGAUCAGGUUGUCCCUGCUCUGGCUAUAUUUUAGAUUUAUUAUUCUCAUUGCACAGCAACAUGUAAUACUGCUAAUUCUUUAGGGUUUUCCCACAAUGAGGACUGUCGCAACUGCAUUUUGUUGAUCCUUUAAGCAAAGGAUGCAAUAAAAUUGGGAGAAUAUAGUAUACAACAAUUCUGGAUAGCUUUUAAGAGUAUAGUCACAGCUAUAUGACAAAGCAAUAACCCUAUAUGUUAUUGCUUUAACGUGUCUUAGGGCCUUGUUCACACACACUAUAAAGAGAGCUUCAUCGCUCAGUCCGUCGGAAGGACAGUAAAUGAGUAGAGAAAAAAAACUGCAUGUAAGGCAAAGGGAUCCAUCAGGACCCGCCGAUAUCAAUUGUGCUUUGACACGUUUAAAGCCCGUUCGGUGAAAAAACAAAACAAUAACAACCCGUUCAGGGUUAGAGCACUACGACCACGUGAACUAAGCUUAACAAAAGUAUUUCACACCUCCGUCUGAGCUCCGUUUGGGUGUUCUGUCAGACACAAACAACGGAGCUGGACAGUCAGUUGUACAACAGAAGCCAAUGGGUCCCAUUAAAGGGGUAGUCCAGUGGUGAAAAACGUAUCCCCUAUCCUAAGGAUAGGGGAUAAGUUUGAGAUCGCGGGGGUCCGACCGCUGGGGCCCCCUGCGAUCUCUCUGUACGGGGGC